UCAGGACAACCGGAAGUAGGUACGUGGCCGCUUCAGCUGACAGUCUGCAAUGAUGGCGACCGAGGUUCACAGCGGCUACCUCGACAGCGCCGCGUCCAGCCGUCUCGAAGUGUCCAUCGACGGCCUCACGCUCAGCCCGGACUCAGAGGUAGAGCAAGGCCAGUCGGAGGAGACGCUGCCGCCGCCGCCGCCACAGGACGCCGCCGACGCGCAGCCCGACAGCCAAACACCGGCCACCCUUGAGGGCGACGACGACGACGACGACGACGAUGGAGAGUCCGACAAAUCGUCCGUAGAGACCAAAUGGGGAUUCGCCCUCCAAGAGCUGUACGGACUGGCGCUCAAGUUUUUCAAAGACAAGGACGGCAAAGCCUUCCACCCCACCUACGAGGAGAAGCUGCGGCUGGUGGCCCUGCACAAACAGGCGCUGCUGGGCCCUUACAACCCCGACGCGUCCCCCGAGGUGGGCUUCUUUGACGUGCUGGGCAACGACCGCAGAAAAGAGUGGGCCUCCCUGGGCAACAUGGAGAAGGAGGAGGCCAUGGUGGAGUUUGUGCGGCUGCUCAACAAGUGCUGCAACCUCUUUGCGCCUUACGUCACCUCGCACAAGAUCGAACGGGAGGAGCAAGACCGCAAAAGGAGGGAGGAAGAGGAGCGGCAGCGGCAGGAGGCGGAGGAACGCGAGAGGCAGCGGCAGGAGGAGGAGAGGCGGAGGCUGGAGGAGGAGGAGAGGCGGCGGCGGGAGGAAGAGGAAAGGCGACAGGCGGAGGAGGAGAGGCUACGGGUGGAGCAGCAGAAGCAACAGAUCAUGGCUGCCCUGAACGCCCAGACAGCGGUGCAGUUCCAGCAGUACGCCGCCCAGCAGUACCCCGACAGUCCCGAGCAGCAGACGGGCCUCAUCCGCCAGCUGCAGGAGCAGCACUACCAGCAGUACAUGCAGCAGCUCUACCAGGUCCAGCUGGCUCAGCAGCAGGCGGCCUUGCAGCAGCAGCAUGCCGAGUCUAUGGCUCACGGCCACCAGGGGGCUUGUUGCACCGGCGAGCCCCCCGCCGUGACCCCGCCUUCGCUGGAGGACACGCCCGCCGCCGUCGACGGCGGCGGCGAGCCCUGCCUGGAGAACACGCAGCCCGAGCCGGCCGAGGAAGCGUCCGAGAACGGGCCUCUGUUUGCGGACUCUCCGCCCGUCAUCGCCGCGCCCUCCAUGUGGACGCGGCCCCAAAUCAAAGACUUCAAAGAGAAGAUCCGGCAGGACGCCGACAGCGUGAUCACGGUGGGCCGCGGCGAGGUGGUGACGGUGCGCGUGCCCACGCACGAAGAGGGCUCCUACCUCUUCUGGGAAUUCGCCACCGACUAUUACGACAUCGGCUUCGGGGUCUUCUUCGAGUGGACGGACGCGGCUUCGGCCUCGGUCAGCGUGCACGUGUCCGAGUCGAGCGACGAGGAUGAGGACGAGGACGGCGAGCCGGCCGGCGAGGAGGAGAAGGCCAAGAAGGAGGCGGGCAAGCCUCAGGUGGACGAGAUAGUGCCGGUGUACCGGCGGGACUGCCACGAGGAGGUGUACGCCGGCAGCCACCAGUACCCCGGCCGCGGCGUCUACCUGCUCAAGUUCGACAACUCCUACUCGCUGUGGCGCUCCAAGAGUGUUUACUACAGAGUCUACUACACCAGAUAAGGCUGAAGACAAACGCCGAGGAGCGUGCCUGCGUGCGCGCGCGUGCGUAUGCGCUGUCCAUUUAUACGAUAUAUUGUACGUGCGCCAGGGGAGGGAGACGACUUAUUUCUGAACUCGCAGAGAGACAAAUGAACACACCUCCAGUCCUGUUGCGUUUGUCUUUGGUGAAGGGACCAACGAAUGGAAUGUCCCCACAUGGAAGACAUGUUUGCAUUCCCAUCAGCCACAUUUGACAAAAGAUGGUUGCUCUUUAACCCCGGCCGCUUCGCCUUGCCCCCCAGCUUGUUACAAUCGGCGAAGGAAGUAGGCUCCGCUUCAACUGGUCUCCCGAACAUCACUGACUGGAUGUAAGUUCAUAUUCCAGCGACAAGUACAAUAUUUUAACAUUUUUUCCCCAAUUCAAGCAGGCAUCAUUGUUGUUGUUUUUCUCCACCCCCUCCCCAAAGCGUCGUCUUGUGUGCAAUUGUGUUCUCCCGUGUUUUUCAAACUCUCUCUCUCUCUCUAGCCUUUGUUGUGUAAAUAAUUCUAUAAGUUGAUGUAAGGGAGGGUUUUUAGAGAGGACAAGGUUCUGAAAAUUCAGUGCACUGGCGGGCAAAAAAGAUAUGUUCCACGUUUGAUCCCACUUGAAUGAUUGUCUCAAAUAGAACAAAGAAUAAAAAAGCUAUACGUCUAACUGCAAGACUGUUGACAUGGCAGUAAUGGGAGGCGUAUUUUGGGUUUUGUAUGGUUUGGCUCUCUGAGUUGCAAGAAUGGUUUUGGGCAUAUAUUUCAUCUUAAUUAAAAUUCUGUUCAUCUCUUGGA